AUGGACUCCUCGCAGGCUGGGAGGCGCGCGGCGGUGAUCCUGAUCGACUGCUCCGAGCUGGAACUGGGGCGGAACCUGGGUCGUCGGAUCGGUCGGCUGGACGACUCCGUCGUUGCGUCGCGGCGGAAGCUCCAGGUCUAUCGGGACAACACUCUGCCCAUGCUCAGGACGUUGGACGAAGAGGGGAAACUCAUCGUCAUUGAUGGGGAUUCGGACGAGGACCACGUGCUGCGAGAACUGAAACGCCAGAUCCUCACGAUCACCAGCAGGGAGAUCGAACGGCCGCCUCUCGAACCGCUGAGAGAAACGUCGGCAGACGCCGAGCCGGAUCUCGGCCGAGUCGAUCGAGUCGAAGUCCCCGCCGGCGACGCCCGGAAGAACAGCACGACGGAGACGGUGGACUCCGUCGAGGUGGCGAUGAGGGAGCUCCUCGACGACACCGUCGACGUCGUCGUCACCCCGCCGAUCUCCCUCUCGCAGAUCAAGGGCACCGUCGAGGGGCCUCGGGACGGGCAGCCGGAGAACGCGGACCCCAACCCCGCGAAGAAGCUGAAAAACGGUGCUGUGAUCAUUGCAGAUGCGGACUUCGCCGUGAGUUGAGUCGAUAUGCCUCCAUACGGGCCUGCAAGAAGCGGGAGUCCAGCUCGGACUCCUCCUGCAUGAAAUAAAAACUCCUUUGGCUCUCUUCUAUCCCCGCUGAGACAUCGAUUUCUCUUUCUCUUUCUCUUUCUCUCUCUUUCUUCCGGGCUUCGCUCUCUUUCGAAUUGCAUGGAGAUGGACCUUAGUGUAUAAGUUUCUAGUUCCGCUCGUCGAGACGAUUGUGUUGUGUAUUUCAUCGAUCUUUAUUUCGUCGUUUGCUGGUGCAACGUUGGAAGCUCUGCCAGGGACCAAAGUAACCCUAUUUCACCUGUUGUCCCCCACCCUUCCAGGUCGCGUUAAUCCUUUCUUUUGCGGAAGUGUUUUGCGGGGCUUUCUCGGAUACUGUGCCUGUUUGGUGAGAUUUUGGUAUGCGAGAUACGGUUCUGGAAUAUGAUCGUGUUAAGAGAUUGCCUAUUUUUACACCCGCUGUUUUCCCGGUGAAAUUAUACUGUAUAUACAACUAGAUCUUUAAAUAAAUAAAAAAAAGAGCAGGAAGAGUCCUUUCCCGAAAUACCAAUUAUGAUAUUCAUUAAAAUAAUCCUCCGCG